GAAAUUACCGAUAAACGACGCAUUCCGAAUCACAUACAAGAUGGAUUGCGACAUUUUCAAGGUAUUUCGGAAAAUAUGACAGCCUUACCGACUAUAUGGAUGGGCACUCAAAACGAAUAUAUUUAUAUACAUUCGGCUGUAACGAACUGGAAAAACUGUUUACGACGUAUUAAGAUACCAGAUGCUGUCCUUUCCAUUUUACAUUAUAAAGGUCGCAUUUUUGCUGCACUUGCGAAUGGCUCUAUUGCUGUUUUCUAUCGUGAUCAAGUUGGUGGUUGGUCGGAAAGCGGCUAUUCCACUAUAACAAUUGGUAAAGCGACAAGCUCAGUUCGUUCAUUGACAGUUGUUGCGGGUAGAAUUUGGGCUGCUUAUAGAAACUGUAUUAUUGUAAUCGAUCCGAACGAUCUCACUGUACAUAAGGUUUUUACUGCACAUCCUCGUCGCGAUAGUCAAGUACGCCAUAUGCAGUGGAUUGGCGAUGGUGUAUGGCUAUCGAUUCGUCUUGAUUCAACCUUAAGGCUGUUUCAUGCGUAUACUUAUAUACAUCUGCAGGACGUCGAUAUUGAACCACAUGUUACAAAGAUGCUUGGAACUAAUCAGUUAGACUAUUCGUACAUGCGAACCACUGCUCUUCUCGUUUCUUGCCGUAGGUUAUGGAUUGGGACUGGCACUGGCGUAAUUGUUUCUGUGCCAUUAGAUGAAGUUAUAAAUGGAAAGCUUGAAACAAAAAUCCCUAUUCAGUCUGUAAAUGACGAAUUCCGAGGUCCUGGUGGAUUAAUACGUGUUUAUAGUGAUUCCACCAGUGAUCGAAUUUCUCCGGGUAGUUUUAUCCCUUACUGUGAUAUGUCUAAAGCGCAGCUUUCAUUCCAUGGACAUAAGGAUUCUGUCAAGUUCUUCUUAGCUGUACCUGGUAUUGAAUCAGAUAUUGAACAAAUAAGUGAUAAACGAACAAGAAAGAUGCUUAUUGUAUCUGGAGGUGACGGUUACAUCGAUUUUAGACUGGGUGAAGAAGACGAUGACUCACAUUUUAAAAAUCCUCGUCCUCGUGACAUGUCGCAUUUAAUAGUCUGGGAAGUGGAUUCAAAAAUUGAAAUAAUGAAAAAUAGCAUUUAA